AUGGCAGGGACUACUGAGAGCAAAACCCCCGAGUGUGAGCUGUGCAUCAGGCAUGUGAAGAGUCAGCCCAAGGAUUCCAAGCUCUGCUCGUUGCUGAUGCCAGCCCACGAAUGGAGAGACAGCUCCACAGGAACGGACGUCCAAAAGACACCGGAGGGAAGGGCACUCACCGGAUUAAGCCAGACCACUUUUACUCAAUUUAAUGAAUGUAACUACCCACUCACCAAUGUGGAAAAUUCAGGGUUCAACGGAUGCAAGGUGACCAUGGAGGAACCUGUUCCCACAAAGGUUCGACUGAGUAAAACAGCCUUCACGGUUAUGACACAAGAGGAGUUAACUCUAAGAUGGAAACAAUAUGAAGCAUAUGUCCAAGCUUUAGAGGGCAAGUACACAGAUCUUAAUUCUAAUGAUGUAACUGAGUUAAGGGAGUCUGAAGAAAAACUAAAGCACAAUGAGGAAACCAUCCUUGUAAUGCGACUAGCAACCAAAGAGCAAGAGAUGCAAGAGUGUACUCCUGAAAUCCAGCACCUCAAGCAAGUCCAACAGCCUAGCAUUGCCUAACUGAGAUCAACAAUGGUAGACCCCAUGAUCAGCUUGUUUUUCCUAAACAUGAAAGGUGAAUUGGAACAGACUAAAGACAAACUGGAACAAGCCCAAAAUGAACUGAGUGCAACUUUUUUCUCUUCCCUCUCCCCUUGCUUCAAAGGACUGAAGGUGCCAAACUAUUCCAAAGAAGUGGCCACCUCCAAAAAAUUCCCCUUCCAGAACAUGUAG